GCUGUCCCCUCCAGGCCGGCUCCGCACAACAGCAGACGGCGCGCUGCCACGGGUUUCCUGGCGCCAUGCUGUCCCUUCCCGGCGACCCGCCCACUCGCUUUAGCACGCCUGGGUGAAAUGCUUCGAGGUCGCAUGUACCUGACUUGGACCCAAGGUAUAAGACCUUUUUGCGCUCCGCUUUCCCAUCCCUUGCCCGCUCCCAGUCUUUCUCCCGACCGCAUUCCUGCUUGUCAAAGGGGUUUGCUCAACAAGGAUCGCCGGGGCAAGCAGCUCUCUCCCAGGAACCAGUUCCGCCGGUUAUUAUUUUCAAAAAUUUCUAGGCCACUCUCUAUUGACAACCUGAUUGCCAGCCUCCAUCCCGGAAUCCGGCAAGGAUAUUCUCUACACCUAUCCGUCUGCCUCUCUGUCCACCUUUCAAGGUGCAUUCAUAAAUGCUCUGCCCGCCCUUCUCUCCAGACUGGUCCUACCUACCGGUACACAGCAUCCCUCCCGCCGUCUCUAGGCUGUGUCUGCAACCCCCAAAGUUGUGGUUUGCUCCGUGCGUCACCACCGCAGCCUAAGCGAGUGCACCUAGUCUUCAGUCUUGCACUCCGUCUCCCCAAAAUCCCACCCACGAGACCCGUUUAUUCGUGGGCUCGCCUGUCGGUCGACCCCCUCUUAGUUCGUCCGUCAGCUUCGCGCACGCCGUGGUUCCAAAAGAGCGGGAAAUCCUGACCAACCAUCCGUCGACACAGCGGCGAGCGGCGCACAUCAUUUGCUCAACAGACCGACUACCUUGCACGCUUCUGAGCUUGCUGAGGUCCUCUGGCCGUCCCGUCCACCGCCCGUUUUCUUUGCAUGUUUGGUUUCCGCUGCCCACGCGGUGCUCCCCAUUCUCGUGUCUGCCCGCCCAGGGACCAGGACCACCCCUGCCACGGCACCCUGACCGCCGCUGUCAUACAUACCGCACCCACCCGCCUUCUAUUUCUCUGCCCGCGCUGCUCCAAUAAUUCCAAUCGGCACCGGGUCUUUAUUCCCUCACCCCUGGCUCACCGGCCUCGCCUGGGCCAACGCCGACCGCCUCUCUCCCUGGCUGGCGCAUUCUUCUCCUGACUGGGGUGCCCUGGAGAUCGGAGGGGACUGCUCUGUGCACGAAAUCCUGCACCUCCAUCACCUUACAGCAUUAUCAUGACCACUUAUCGAAGCUCAUUGCACUCUCCUCGUUGGAGGUUCAUACUCGGGUUGCUCUCGCCUUGAUAUCACCCUCGCCACUGUCGUGAUCCCGCCGCCGUUGUCACACCUUGGGGGAAAAAAAAAUUAUAAACUCUACCCCCACAUAACCGCCCCAAUCCCCGGUUGCCCAGAUCGAUCAGCUGAGAUCCUGGGGAAUCCCUCACCGGCUCCCGAAUCCAUCCUCGCCGAUUGAUUUCGGCAACAACUACGGGCAGGUUGGCCCUUCCUACCACCACGCCACACCACCCUCCGUCUCGGCAUCCAAGACUUUGCCGCAAAUAUGCCGCGCAAGUCGGCGCCGAGCAAGAUGAAGAAGAAGGUCGCCUCCGAAGGCCACGGCCCAGCUGGCCCGACCUCACCGCCCCAGACCCCAAGGUCUUCCUCUCCACCGUCCAAGGAGAACGGCGGCCGGGCCAAGGGAGGCUCGCCCGUCGCCCAGAAGCACCAGGAAAAGCGGGGACGGCUGCCCUCUCGGCAGCGCUUCGGCACCCACCCCGCUGCAGGGAAUGGCUUUUCCUUCAGCGACUAUCAUCCCGACUCGUUCCGGCGCGAGCAGCUGUCGCCCCGCUCCUCCGCCCCGUCCUCCUAUGAUGAUUCCGACGACGAGUCGUCGAGCAGCGACAGCCCCCCUCGCUCCCACAGCUCCACCGAGUCAAUCAAGCCCAGCGUUCGGUCGCCCCGGCGCAAGACCCCCGUCCAAGACGAUGCCCGUCGCCGAGCCCAGCCUGUACGCCCGCCGCGCCCGCCACCGACCGCCGCCAAGGCUCCCUUCGUUGCCACGCGCAUCAUAGUCGAGGCGACCUUCGAGGUGUACGAGCUCGACGGCAGCGACGAUGGGCAGUACGCCAUCAUCCGACCCGACGUGAUAGAGUACGCCGAGUCCGAGCGCAGCCGAUCACGCUCUCGGCCAAGGCAAGACCAUGUUGAUCGCAAGAUCGCAUCCGACUUCCGCGCCCUCGUGUUUUCGUCGUCGUCCGAGGACGAGGACGAGGACGAGUAUAUGAAACACGUCCAGAGGAUGCGCGAGGAGAAGCGGCGCAAGCGCAUGAGCUCCGGCAGUAUCGGCAAGCGCACCAUCAGCGAGCGCGGCAGCGAUAGCGACCGCGAGGACCUCCUGUUCCAGGGCUACAUCAACGCCGCCGGCCACCAAGAGUCGGGCGAGAUGCGCCGCAUGCGCAGGAGGCUGGGCAACCGUCACAGCCUGCAUUUUCAGGAUCCGCCGCCGCCCAGAAUCGACGAGCUGGAAGAGCCGGACUCGGGCGAGGAGAUCCUGGACCUCGACGACAGCGAGCUCCUUGCGCGAGAGCUGCCCUUUUACGACUACGUUAGCAUGGAGAUCGACUCAUCUUGAUCUGUGUCCUCCAGAGACACGGAAACACAGAUCUCCAACCUUUUUUUCGUGGCCCUUCACUUUUAAUGGAGGACCUCGCGAUGAUGACAUGGGACGCAAAUGUCGACCACGCGCACCUCGUGCCCAGAAUCAAUGGGCGAUGGGGUUUACCACAUCAAAUACGUUAUGCACGGCGUUUGCAGUCUAGAUCCAAGAGGAGCGCUCCAAAUGGUUUUCGUGCACCGCCUGCCCACCUCUACCCUGUCCGCCACGGGAGAAGGGUUUCCUGCCUGUUCUAUAUCUGCCUUCUUUUCCACUGCUCCCAUCUUGGCCAAAAAAAACCCAUGGACCCGGCAUGAUUUACGACUUUACGACAGAACAUAUGACACCUUAGUUGAAAAAUAAGACUGCCCAAGACGGACGCAAAGGCAUAGAGGCUUCUCAAGCGUGGCUACUUGUAUCGUUCUUGCUCUCGGUUUCACCUUGCAUGUUCGCGUUCCCGUGUUGGCUUUGUAUGAUUUUUUUUUCCUGAGCAUGUUUUUACAACCUUACUGUGAUCUACUCGUUGCUUAUCGAUUCAGGGGCGGGGAAAACUAAACGGCCAUUCGUUGCCUUUCUACCCAUUGGCGAGUAUCGGAUCAGUCAAUGGGCAUUGUGAAAGGGGAGAUAGACAAAAUGUGCAUUGCUCUGCGGAUUGCAUUGAGCCGCCAGUUAGCAUGCCCUACUUUGAUAGCAUAGCUUCAGGGACUUGUUGCCGCAAGCAUGUCGUUUUGCGUCGUUGUAAUAUCUAUAGCGAUUUGCUGAAGUAUUUACAUAUUGUGCAC